CCCCUCGAAAGCCGAAAGAAUUCCCCUCGCUUGAGGGGUGGAAAAGAAGCGGAAGCGGAGAGGAAACCCUCGCCUCCGGCGCACGCCAUGGUGGAGACUCGCCGGAGCUCCGCCGCCGCGGCCGCCGGGAAGCGCCCGUCCCCGUCGCCGUCCUCCUCGUCCGUGCCUGCCCCGAAGCGGCCCAAGGCGGAGGCCCCUGCGUCGCCGACGGCGUCCGCGCCCGGGAGGGCCGAGGAGGAUUCCGCCCCCGCGGACCCCGUGAGGAGCGCCGGCUCAGCGGAGGACGCGGCGGCGGCAGCGCAGAAAGAUCAAGGAGCGGAUAAGCCAACUGCCACGGCAGCCGAGAGUUCGAAGAGGAGGAAGGAGCCGGAGCAACAGCAGCCUGUGGCGCCAUGGGCGAAGCUGCUAUCGCAGUGCUCACAGACUCCUCACCAACCCAUCAGUGCCCCUCAAUUUUCUGUUGGCCAAAGCAAAAGCUGUAAUUUAUGGCUGAAAGACCAACCUGUUAGCAAAAUACUUUGCAAGCUGCGGCGCCUUGAGCAAGGAGGCCAAUGUGAGUUAGAAGUUGUAGGCAAGAAGGGUAUGGUCUACUUAAAUGGAAGAUCCAUAAGUGCAGGCACAAAAGUUCCCCUUACAGGAGGUGAUGAAGUCAUAUUCAGUUCAUGCCGCCAGGCUUAUAUUUUUCAGCAUCCUUUGAACGACAAAGUUCACAAGGUGGUGCCAUCAUCUGCUGUUAGCCUGUUAGAAUCUCCUGUUGCUAGUGCCAAGCGCAUCCAUACAGAUAAAAGAACACCAGACACUUCAUCUGUUGCUGGUGAAGAAAUGUUGGCAUUUAUUUCUGAUCAGCCGAAGGAUGUAUCAGCAGUACCUCCUGCUGAGAAUAGCCAUAGAGUAGUGCGGCCAAUGGCAUUGUCUGCUUCGGAUAAAUCAAAGGGGCGUGCCGUUAGCCCUGAUAAGGAAUGUGAGAAUGGGGAAAAUGCUAAUGAGGUUAAUUCUAACAUUGAAGACUCUUCAAUGGAUGUGGCUGCUUCUCCCGUGUCUCCUGAUGAUGCUGCAAACGAUACCUGCCAACAAAAUGGCUUUGGGCCUGAUGCUCAUCUUGGUGCGGAAAUCGGUAAGAUUGCAACCUAUAAGAUAAGGCCAGUUGUGAGGAUGUUUACAGGAUCAACUGUACCUGAGUUCGAUUUGACUGGUGAUCUUUUUAAAGCUCUUGAAGAUCAGAGGGAUAUCAUCAGGGAUCUUACAACCAGUGUGCCUCCAAGUAGAUGUCAAGCCUUUAAGGAUGGGUUGAAACAAGGGAUUAUUAGUCCAAGUGAUAUUGAUGUUACCUUUGAGAAUUUUCCUUACUAUCUCAGUGAGAAUACAAAGAGUGUGCUCUUAUCAUGUGCAUUCAUACACUUGGAAAAGAAGGAGCUCAUCAAGCAAUUUGCUGAGAUUUCAUCAAUAAACCAGCGAAUUUUGUUAUCUGGUCCAGCAGGUUCUGAGAUUUAUCAGGAAACAUUGGUAAAGGCACUGGCCAAACAUUUUGGUGCUAGACUCCUUGUUGUGGAUUCACUUUUGCUGCCUGGGGCACCUUCAAAGGAUCCAGAAUCCCAGAAAGAUGUUGGGAAGUCUGAUAAAUCAGGGGAUAAGGCAGCUGGUGAGAAGUUUGCAAUAUUUCAGAAGCAUCGUUCUUCAUUGGCAGACGCUGUUCACUUCAGGAGGCCUGCCGCACCAACUUCAAGUGUGAAUGCUGAUAUUGUGGGAACAUCCAAUCUGCAUGCUGCAUCGCUACCCAAACAAGAAUCGUCAACAGCUACAUCCAAGAGCUAUACUUUCAGAGAAGGUGAUAGGGUACGGUAUGUUGGUCCAGCUUUGCCAGCCUCAUUAUCACAAAGGGGACCAAAUUACGGUUAUCGAGGUAGAGUGAUGCUCGCUUUUGAAGAUAAUGGAUCCUCAAAAAUCGGUGUCCGAUUUGACAAACAGAUCCCUGAUGGUAAUGAUCUUGGCGGGUUGUGUGAGGAAGAUCACGGUUUCUUCUGUUCUGCUGAAUUACUUCGCCCAGAUUUUUCCGCUGGUGAAGAAGUUGAGAGGCUAGCUAUGACCGAGUUAAUUGAGGUAAUUUCAGAAGAAAACAAAUCUGGACCUCUUAUAGUGUUACUUAAGGAUGUAGAGAAAUCAUUCACUGGAAUUACUGAGUCACUUUCAUCUUUGAGAAGCAAACUCGAAUCGCUUCCAUCUGGUGUCCUUAUUAUAGGAUCCCACACCCAGAUGGACAGCCGCAAAGAGAAGGCACAUCCUGGAGGUUUUCUUUUUACGAAGUUUGCUAGUAGCAGUCAGACACUUUUUGACCUUUUCCCGGAUAGCUUUGGUAACAGAUUGCAUGAAAGGAACAAAGAAAGUCCAAAGGCAAUGAAACAUCUAAAUAAACUUUUCCCCAACAAAAUAUCUAUCCAGCUUCCACAGGAUGAAGUUCUACUUACAGAUUGGAAGCAGCAGUUGGAUCGCGAUGUUGAAACCCUUAAAGCCAAAUCAAAUGUUGGUAACAUUCGUGCGUUUCUUAACCGCAAUGGAAUCGAAUGCAAUGACCUUGAAGAAUUAUUCAUCAAGGACCAAUCACUGAGUAAUGAAAACGUGGACAAGAUCGUUGGGUAUGCAGUGAGUUAUCACCUUAAGCACAAUAAAGUUGAAACCUCCAACUCCAAGGAUGCUAAACUUGUACUCACAAGUGAAAGCCUCAAGCAUGGGCUCAGCAUGCUACAGAGCAUGCAAAGUGAUAACAAGAGCUCCAAAAAAUCACUGAAGGUGGUACACUCUUUCCCCAUAUUCAUAAGCUUUCUUGUUACUCAAGUUACUGAGCGCUCUACUUCUGAAUUUUUCUCUAUUUCUCAGGAUAUUGUCACAGAGAACGAAUUUGAGAAAAGGCUUCUGGCGGAUGUUAUACCACCUAAUGACAUUGGAGUUACCUUUGAUGAUAUUGGAGCCCUGGAGAAUGUAAAGGACACAUUAAAGGAGCUGGUGAUGCUCCCUUUACAAAGGCCUGAAUUGUUUUGCAAAGGGCAGUUAACAAAGCCUUGCAAGGGAAUACUGCUUUUUGGACCUCCUGGCACUGGGAAAACUAUGCUUGCAAAAGCAGUGGCAACUGAAGCGGGUGCUAAUUUCAUCAAUAUAUCAAUGUCGAGCAUUACAUCAAAGUGGUUUGGUGAAGGAGAGAAGUUUGUAAAGGCUGUUUUCUCACUAGCAAGUAAAAUAGCUCCCAGUGUUAUAUUUAUUGAUGAGGUUGAUAGUAUGCUAGGAAGGAGAGAGAAUCCAGGAGAGCAUGAAGCGAUGCGCAAGAUGAAAAAUGAAUUUAUGGUAAACUGGGAUGGUUUACGAACUAAAGAUAAAGAACGUGUACUGGUUCUUGGUGCUACAAAUAGGCCUUUUGACCUAGAUGAGGCUGUGAUUAGGAGGUUCCCUCGCAGGUUAAUGGUAAACUUACCUGAUGCAUCCAAUAGGGAGAAAAUUUUAAAAGUAAUUCUGGCAAAAGAAGAGUUGGGACCAGAUGUUGAUCUGGACUCACUUGCCAAUAUGACUGAUGGAUAUUCAGGAAGCGACCUGAAGAAUCUGUGCGUGACAGCAGCACAUUACCCCAUUCGAGAAAUUCUGGAGAAGGAAAAGAAGGAGAAGAAUUUAGCCAAAACGGAAGGAAAGCAUGAGCCUGCAUUGUAUGGCAGUGAGGACAUUCGUCCUCUUAGCAUAGAUGAUUUCAAAUCUGCCCAUGAGCAGGUUUGUGCGAGUGUUUCAUCUGAUUCAGCAAACAUGAAUGAGCUUCUUCAAUGGAAUGACCUGUACGGUGAAGGCGGGUCAAGGAAGAAGAAAGCACUGAGCUACUUCAUGUGAUGGCAUGAGCAUAAAAUCAGAAGGAUGACAAUCGUGCCAUAUUGUACAGCAACCAUAGUACACCCCCAUGGCAUGUGCGUCGCGACUUGGCCGGCCCUAAACCAAUCGGGUUUUUCCAACUCUCCCCAGUAGCUGUGGCCGGCUGUCGUCCUUCCUCCCGGUGUAAUUAAAAUUGUGUACCGAGUCAUCCGAGUUCGAUUACCAGCUGUUUGAGUUUCCAGAGUUAUUAAGUUAUGCCUCCAUUGCCCCUCUCCAUCUUAUUCCUCUAUUUCUGCCAUUAGUAAAUUAACUUUGUUGCAGCCAUUGUCCUUGGACUUUGGCUAUAGGCCUCUGUGUACCUCUGUACAUGUGAAAUGAAGGGACAUGGGAAAUAAAGACAUCUUCAUCCUGUUGUUGACAGUAUGGUACAGUAACUUUUAGCAUACAGUGACUGGCCAUGGGUUGAAUUGGACUUGUGCCAUCAUAAGAAUUAUGAAAAGGUGCCUGUGCGGUUGUUGAAAUUUAUUUUUAUCUUGAGUUGAUUGUGGGAUGAUUGUGAAAUCAAUGCCAUCAUAUGAAUUAAGAUUCAUUACACUUUCAA